CCUCUGUGACUCCGCUCCCACUGUGAUUGGAUCCUCGGCUCGGGUUUGAUAGUGGGAAGUACCCGUACGCCGGUGUCUCCCUGGUUGCGCAAGACGCCAUUUUGGAGUGACAGUGAAAGAUAACGGAAAGAUCGAAAAGCAGUCUUUCUAAAGCUUCGUCACCAUGGGGAAUGUAUUUGCAAGCUUAUUCAAGGGCCUGUUUGGCAAAAAAGAAAUGAGGAUUCUUAUGGUUGGUCUCGAUGCUGCUGGGAAAACAACCAUCCUAUAUAAACUCAAACUUGGAGAGAUAGUCACCACCAUUCCCACCAUUGGUUUUAAUGUUGAAACUGUAGAAUACAAGAACAUCAGCUUCACAGUUUGGGAUGUGGGCGGUCAGGACAAAAUCAGGCCGCUGUGGCGCCACUACUUCCAGAACACUCAAGGACUUAUCUUCGUGGUGGACAGCAACGACAGGGAGAGAGUGAACGAGGCGAGGGAGGAGUUGUCCAGAAUGCUCGCUGAGGAUGAGCUCAGAGACGCCGUGCUUCUUGUUUUUGCAAAUAAACAGGAUCUUCCCAACGCUAUGAAUGCUGCAGAGAUCACAGACAAGUUGGGUUUGCACGCCCUCCGCCACCGCAGCUGGUACAUCCAGGCCACCUGCGCCACCAGUGGGGACGGCUUGUACGAGGGCCUGGACUGGCUCUCCAACCAGCUGAAGAACCAGAAAUGAUCCAUUCCACCAGUUUUGAUUUUUGUUUGUUGUUUAUUUUUUCUGUUUCAACACAGUGGCAGCACCGGAUCCAGGCCCCUUCGCUCCCAUCUAACCCAAUUUUCAACCCCUCCCCCCUCAGCUCUUUCUUUCAAGAACUUCCUUCAUUCCCUUCCUUCUGCUUUUUCUCCCUCGGUCCCUCGUCAGUACUCUUGGGGCUCUAGCCUGUGCUGCUUGUGUGUGCGUGGGCGUGCGUGUGUGUGCGUGUACCUUGUGUGUUCAGCGAGUGUGUGCGUGGGUGUGAAGGCGUCUCUGUGUAUGUUGGCUGGGAUUGGGAGUAACCCUGGCGUGCCUUUUACACACCUCCUGUGGAAUCAGCAGUCUGGUUUUCAAGCCCCUUCUCCAUCCACCAAACUCAGCCUCUGCCCCACUCAGCCUGCCCCCCCACUCUCAGUCUUGCACGGCCCCCCUUCUCCCCCACCCCUCGCCCCCGCCCCCACCCUUACUCUCCAGAGGAAGCAUGGUUUUCAUACGGCAAAGAAAGAGCAAGGGUGCAAGCUCUCCUUCCCCUCCUCCCUGUAGUAUAUAUCUAUGUUAUAACUAGAAAAUGUUCACCCAAUGUAGACUGAAUGCUUAGAUGUUCAUUUUAACCUCCUUUUUUUUUUUGAUUUUGAAACCGCAAACCCACCAAUAAAUUGCAUCUUAACCUGUAUCAGGUUGAAGCAAAUCAAAAAAUAGAAAAAGGAAAAAAAAGGAAAAAAAAAAAGAAACGCCCAUCCUCGAUCAUUCUGGUGUCAUUUGAAAAUCAUGCUGUUUGUUUUAUUAUUAUUAUAUUGGAAUAUAACAGAUUAUUCUUAGCAAUGGUUCUCCAAUGAACACUACCUUUCUCUCUCUUGUCUCUCUCCUCCCCCACCCCUCCCCCCCACACCCCCACCCCCACUAACGAAGACCGUGAAGCACAAGGCAAGCCAACAAUCUUUAAAAAAAAAACAACCUAAAUCUUUAAAAUUAGAAUCUGCAAGUAUAUGCAAUUCUUGUCUUAUACAUACAAAUUAUCUUUUCUUUUUUUUUUUCUUGGUUAGCUGGUGUUUAAUCCCCCCCCACCCCCACCCCCUUACCCGCGGAUUGAAUUGGAUUUUGUGAUGACCUUCAGUAUAAUCAUUCUGACAGUGUUCAUACUCUCUUAGGUUGCGAAUACAAGGUGUUGGGCAUUUCUCAAACAUGACUUCAGCCGGUUAACAGUGACAGGUGUCCUGAUACAUUCACAAGCUUCACAUGUUAUUCCUUUUAAGAGACGUUACAUGUGUUUUUUUUUUUUUUUUUUUUCUGUAACUAGUUUUAGCAUUUCUAUUUGUACUAUGACUGCUGAACCAAAUGCAUUUGAGCAGUAUGACAAAUCCUGUAUAUGAGAGUAGUGUAUCCUCGAGGGCCUCAACUGCAUAUGAUAUUGAUUGAAGAGGUUUUUUUUUUCUCACCAACGGUUGGCAGUUUUACGUUUUUUGAAAUCCGAAAGCAUCCAGCUGUCUAAUUUUUCCUGGUUGGGAUGAAGGAUUGGCACCAAAUAUGAAGGCUCUUUAUCUGUGAACAGUCCAGACAUGAAAAAAAAAAAGAUAAAAAAUGGAAACCUAGUUCGAAUGUCUGGGUGUUCUUACAGGCUACUACACAUUAUAGCACUGCAUACUUCAUGAAAAAGACCAACACGUCAAGUACUCUGUCAGUGGCUCGACGGUGAGCUGGAAGGACUUGGUGGUAGGCCUGUUGAGGGGAAUGGGUGUGCAGUUAACUGGUUCGUGAGAUUCAGCAGGUGUCCUCAGUGUUGAACCAUGGGGGUUAAGCUGGCACUUCUGUCAAGAAUGAUUGUAAAUCUGUAAGCUCCCCUGUAAACUGUUUCUGUGGGGAUUUCCUGAACACAUUAAUAAACAUGAUUUGAUCCAA